AUGUCGGAAAUUAAUGAUAUUCUGGCCGCCACGGGCCAAAUAAAUGACAGUUCUGCUUUAAAUGAGAGUCACAACAACGAAUCAGGGCUGGAUCCUGGCACUGAAUUUGAUGAGCCACACGUUGGUCGACAUGGAACAAUGGCUCUAAUUCUUCUAGGUGCCCUAUUAGGUUUUCAAUUAGUGAUUCUCUAUUGGAAACAACGACAUUAUCGCUCCUUCCAGCUGGUUACGUUGGUUGGCUUAUGGUUGAUACCAAUGUAUAUUUUUGGAAUUCAAGCUCAUUUUUGGAGAUUUUUGACGAUUUGGGUUUUAUAUUCAAUAGUUAAUUCAUGUAUUUUAUAUUUGGCAUCUAGAAAACCUCUAGAUCACAAAACACCAAGUGUUUUAAGUAGAGAUUUUGUUGAAAUAUGUACGGAUAGAAUGGCGUCUACUCUUGGAUAUUAUAACAAAGAUGGAUUUCCACGAAAACACCUUAGAGCAAAUAUAUGUGCGAUAUGUGGUGUAGCUGCAAAUGGAACAAAUGAAGCAGGAGAACAACAGAAUGUUUUUCAACUGGCAUGUCGACAUGUUUUUCAUAAUGAUUGUAUACGUGGGUGGUGUUUAAUAGGCAAAAAAGAUAUUUGUCCAUAUUGUAAAGAAAAAGUUGAUAUGAAAGAAUUCAAAACAAACCCAUGGGAUACACAACAACAACUAUACCUAAGUCUUCUUGAUGGCGUUCGUUAUUUGAUAGUAUGGCAACCUGCUUAUGAUUUUUCAGGUAAUUUUCGCAUUUGUAGAAUUGGCUUACCAUUUAAUUGGACUGGAAUAGCAUACAAGUACAAAAAUUCAUUAAUUAUUAUUGGCUAG